AAACCCGAAGUCGCCGACAGCGCCAAAGUAACGAUAAGUCGAUUGGAAUCUGCUACGACCGGUAGCGCGUUGAAUCUGCUGACGUGGCGUGAUCGCGUAGAAUCGAGCAAGAUGUGCGGUGACGAUUAGGUAGGUGACCUGCCCAGAGUGAUGAUAGCGCCACAGAUAAACUGUGCUCGACCUCGACGACGCUAAUUCUGUGUCGAGGUGCCGCUGGUGGUGGUCUCCUUCGCCGGGAUCGACUGACUAUCUCCACACCAGAUCUUAAGCUCAAUUCGAAUUCCGCGCGGCGGAAAUGCUUCGAUUGAGCUUCGUAAUCGCAAUCCUGUCGCUGGUGUCGGUUUGCAUUGAAGCAUCCGUCCAUCAGUACGAUGGGGAGAAGUUCGUCAGUAAGGGCAAUGCAUUUGUUGUACACGGCGGAAGCGAGGGGAUUUACUCGUCGGCACCCGAACUCAAUGAGUCAUACCCCGGGGGAUCUUUUAUUAGGUUUGAAAAGGUUAUAUUCCGGAGGCCAAUGGAGUUUUCUAAUUUCAGCUCAGGAUCAAUUCAUGCAGUUGUGUUUGAGGUAGAUGAUAGGAAGACUAUAGGGGGGUCUGCCUAUGGGGGGCAGAGAGCUGUGUGUUGCACAGCAGAUCUUGCAAAACUAGGAGUUUGCAAGGAAGGUGAAAUAAUUCACCGCCCUUCAGUUGAUAAUCCAGGUUGGCCUCAAGUAUUUGGAACCUCGUUUGGCAUGGACAUGACGGAAACUAUUCUGCAUCCAAAAUCAAUACAAAUUACAAAAACAGGAAUGUAUAAUGUCUAUUUCAUUCACUGUGAUCAACGACUGAAGGAGGCUGCUGUUGAUGGGAUGACUGUGUGGAAAAAUCCUACCGGUUACCUCCCUGGUAGAAUGGCGCCGCUCAUGAAGUUCUAUGGGUUCAUGUCUCUAGCAUUUGUGGUGCUUGGAAUCUUUUGGUUUUCGCAGUACGCAAGAUUCUGGAAAGAAGUUCUUCCACUGCAGAACUCUAUUACAGUUGUGAUAACGCUUGGAAUGUUUGAGAUGGCUUUGUGGUAUUAUGAUUAUGCUGAGUUCAAUGGAAGUGGAGUAAGACCAACUUCAACCACUGUCUGGGCAGUUACUUUUGGAGCUGUGAAACGUACUGUAUCGAGAUUGAUUAUCCUGAUUGUGUCUAUGGGUUAUGGUGUAGUCAGGCCCACCUUAGGUGGUCUUACAUCGAAGGUUCUUCUACUUGGAGGGACUUUCUUUGUGGCAUCAGAAGUUCUGGAAUUGAUUGAAAAUGUUGGUGCCGUGAGUGAUCACUCAGGAAAAGCUAGACUAUUCCUUGUCCUUCCUGUGGCGAUUAUGGAUGCUUUCUUUAUCAUUUGGAUAUUUACCUCACUUUCUUCGACUUUGAAUAAGCUUCAGGCUAGGAAACUGACGGCAAAAUUAGAUAUUUACAGGAAGUUCACUAAUGCAUUAGCAGUUUCAGUAAUAUUAUCAGUUGGCUGGAUUUGCUAUGAGAUCCAUUUCAAGUCACACGAUGCGUACAACGAGCAAUGGCGUAACGCCUGGAUCAUCCCUGCCUUUUGGCAAGUGUUGUCUUUCUCACUCUUGUGCGUCAUAUGUGCUCUUUGGGCUCCAUCCCAAAACUCAAUGAGGUAUGCAUACACUUCGGAUGAGGCUGAAGAGUUCGAAAAGGAUGAGACAGUGGCACUUAUAAAAUCAUCCCCUCUGGCUUCAAAGGAUGUGUGGAGUCCCGAACUUGGACUUGCCGAGAGAGGCAAUGGUAAUGUCGAAGAGGAGAAAACUGCAUAAGAGAAAGGAAUCAAAUGCAGGUAUGAAGUCCAUUUCUUUGAUGAUAUUGAAUUUCUCACUUUAUGUUCUUUGUUUUCUGUAUAUUAUGAAAGGCAUGAAGAAGAGUGUCUUUUUUAUCCCUUUUGUUGUCUAGUACAGUUUAUAUUAUAUAUACAUAUUUACAAUUAAAUUGAAUUAUGGUAUAAAUAUAAUACAUUCCUAUGCA